AUGACUGCUACUACUACCUCAUUUCAUUGUAUAUUUAGAUCGAUAUAUAUUAGACAAUUGAUAUUCAAUCAAAUCAAUGAUAUAUCAAAUCAAUUGUAUUCAAAAGAAAAAGGUCGAUAUGAUGGUAGACAACGAUCAUUAAAAGGAAGAGAUAUCAUCAAAUUACCUCGACUCGAAAUGAUAUCAAUCUAUGCAAUGCCUUGGCACUUUAUUUGUCAUUAUCUACCAAAAGAUUGUAAUCAAAUACUACCAAAAAGAAGAAGAAUAAGAGUGAUUAGUGAAUACUGUUGUCACCAUAAUGCAACGUCUGAUACACUUCGUCGUCUCGUAGAUUGGUCAUAUUUCAUUUCUUUUUGCAUUGAUUGGUUGUAUUUGAAAAGAAAUCUAAUGAAUAUUCAUAGUCAAGAGGUAUUGGAAUAUCUCAUCAGUAUACAUUCUAGUAAUGAUACUACCUUUGUCACCGAGGCAGCGGGUGUAGCUUGCACAUAUGGUCACCUAUCGACUGUCAAAUUGAUAUACUCUAUCAAAGGUAUACAAUUCAAUUGCCUAGCAAUCGACUAUGCUUGUAGGAACGGAUUCAUCGAUAUCGUCAAGUAUUUACACGACAAUAGAGCUGAAGGGUGUACUACUAAUUUAAUGGAUACUGCAGCAAGAGGUGGUUAUUUUGAUAUUGUAAAGUUUCUUCAUUUUAAUAGAACUGAAGGAUGCACAACAAAAGCUUUGGAUAAUGCUGCAAUGAAUGGACAUUUAGAGAUGGUCAGAUUCUUACAUGAACAUCGUACUGAAGGAUGCACUGAAGCUGCUAUGGAUAAUGCAUCUUUAAAUGGACACAUUGACGUAGUAAAGUUUCUUGGUCAACAUAGAACAGAAGGUUGUUCAAAUGCUUUGGAUCGGGCAUCUCGGAAUGGACACAUUGACGUUGUAAAGUACCUAAAUGAGCAUCAUAGUGAUGCUUGUGUAUCAACUGAUGCUAUGGAUUGGGCUGCUGAAAAUGGCCACUUGGAAGUGGUCAAGUAUCUUCACGAGCAUCGUAAUGGUCAAGGUGCAACAACUGAUGCUAUAGAUAAUGCAUCUAAAAAUGGUCACGUUGAAAUUGUAAAGUACCUUUUUGAGAAUCGUACUGAAAGAUGUACAUCCAAUGCUAUGCAUUUGGCAGCUGAAAAAGGACAUAUUGAGAUUAUAAGGUACCUUUAUCAAUGUUAUAACAUUGACGAGAUUACGGCUGGCUGGUCAAUGACAAUGGCAGCUCGCAAUGGUCACAUUGAAAUUGUAAAGUCAUUUUAUGAAGGCGGUGUACAAAUAUUUGGUGACCCAAAACUGGCUUUGGAAGAUGCUGUUAGACAAGGAAACAUCGAGAUGGUAUCCUAUCUUGUUCACACUUGCAAUAUAAAAUGUCUAACAGGAACACUAAUAACGGCAAUACAGGCAGCGAGUGAAACGGAGACAUGCAAACUUGGAUUGGAUGUUUUCCAUUUUCUUUUUGACAAUUUCAAAGAGCAGAGUAAAAUUUGGACACCAGAGGUGAUGGAUAGAGCAGCAGAAUUUGGUCAGAUUGAUAUUGUAAAGCUGCUUCAUUUCAACAGGACUGAAGGUGCAACAACUGAUGCAAUGGAUUUAGCAGCGAAAAAUGGUCAUAUUGAAAUUGUUAAAUUUUUACAUUUUAAUCGAAGUGAAGGAUGCACCAAAAAGGCCGUUAUAUCUGCUUGUUUGGAAGUACAUUUGGAGGUCGCAACUUUUCUCAUCAAUGUAGCCCAAGUGGAAUGGACCAAGAAGGACCCACUAAUUAAAAUUCUAAAGAGAAUAUCUGAUCCAUGUCCAACCAAUUAUCAUUAUGAUAUUGUACAGUUGCUAAUCUCACAACCAUUCGAUGAAGGGGAUACGGAAAUGAUCCAAAAGAGAAUACAAAGAAUUAAAAAAUCCAGGGUAAAAUUAAAAAAUGACAGUUAUGCUUAUGAAACUAGACAUCUACUCAAGAUUCACAUGCGACAUUUAGAGUCUAUUGGAAAUGAAUAUUCGGAUGAUAUAUAA